CUCUCCUUUAUAUAAUCACCAAACAAAGAAGAAGCUCAAUGUUUGUUUCUCCUGAUGGGGUCUUGUUUUUGUUGUUGUUAGGGGUAGAUUUUGGUCGGUUUUUGAAGAGAAAUGUAUGGUUUUUAUUGUCUUUGGUAGAUUUUUGUGCAUGGUGUUGAUUUAUGAUUUUCUUUCUUUCUUUCUUUCCUUUUACGGAUGAUGAAUAUGAUUUUUUGUUUGAUAAGGGUUUGAGGGAAAGGAAAGAGAGAGAAAACUAAGGUUUGAGCUGAUGAAUAUGUGUGUUUUAAGAGGCUGAGUGAGUUAUUACAUGCGAUCCGUUUUGCUGUUGAAUCUACAUUUUGGUUUUAAGAGUCUGGGUUUUGGUUUUUUUUUCUGAUUAUGUUGUGUGUUUAAUGGGAUUUCAUCCUUAUAUAUAGAAAUGAUGAGUUGACAAGUUUGAAGUUUUUAGGUGAUAGUUGGGUGAGGGAACGAGGGAUGUUUAAAUUACCAGUUCAUGCUAACAGCGCUUCUUCAUUGGAUGACAUAGAUCCCUUCGCUGUGGCAAAUGCUGAUGACUCUGAUGCUGGGGCAAAGGAGUCUGUUCAUGUGCGUGUACAGCAGCGAAAUGGAAGGAAAAGCCUGACUACUGUUCAAGGGUUGAAGAAGGAAUAUAGCUACAGCAAGAUACUAAAGGACCUCAAGAAAGAGUUCUGCUGCAAUGGAACUGUUGUCCAGGACCCUGAGCUGGGCCAGGUCAUUGAACUUCAGGGUAAUCAAAGGAAGAACGUUUCCACCUUCCUCAUUCAGGUAAUAAACACACCCUGACCUUGUCUUUUACAAAGUACUUGGUAUAUUUGGGAGCCAUGAAUGAAACAUUUUCUUUCGCUCUCUGCGAACAGUCUGGCAUUGCGAAGAAGGAAAACAUCAAGAUUCAUGGUUUCUAAGUAGCAGCAAGCUAAUUGCUAUACCUAGUCUACACGUCUCGCACAGUUGCAAGUUCAUUAUCAUAUAGAACUUGGCCCUUUUAUCCUGUGUUCUUUCCAACUUUUUUUCAGCAUGUUCUGUACCCUGCAUUUUAAAAAAUGGUGGAUUCACUGCUUGGUGUGUGGUGUGGAUGCGACAUGUUUGAAAAGGUUGCUCGCAGCGUGGCUUUUACAUGUAUGGCCACUGGAUCCCUUAUCAGAAAAAUAGCCUGCUUGCCUUCAUCAGAUGUUGGUGCUACUAGCAAUAAACCAUGAUCUAUCUGGGAUAAUAUGCAAAUCAGUCCUUCUAAAACAUCCCAUAUCAAAAAAACUUAAAAAUUAUAUGAACCCUUCUUCCAUAUCUAUAAAUCCAUGCUUCCAUAGCCAAGAAGCAGCAACCUUUUAUUUUCUUCUCAGAUUUCACCUUGGCAUCUCUAAUAUUUCUUCAACCGCAACUUCUUCAUGGUGAGCAGGGCACGACUGUAUCUGGACUGGCUCGAGUUGAACUAGGGAUGUGAAAGGGGUUUGCUGAGGAUUA